AUGGUAAGAGCUGGAGUGCGCAGAGAAAUGACGCUUAUCUGUCCGAGUUUGCACGACGGGAAUUCCAGCUCUGAAGGCUUAUUCUCUGUGGAUCGAAAGAUUGUUUGUAAUUUUACGGCAACAUGGCCAAGUCGAAGAACCACACCAAUCACAAUCAGAACAAAAAGGCUCACCGUAAUGGCAUUAAGAGGCCAAAGAAGCAGAGAUUCAUGUGCUAUGCGUGAGGAGGUACUCCUGCGGAAGCUCCUUGCUGAUGGCGAGGGAACUGGAGAAGAACGCCGGUUUCAGUUGUUGAAUGCAUGUCUCCGUUCUCUGCGGAAUCCUAAUACCGUUAGUAAAGGUGAAGUCGUGAAAGCGCUGAGACUGAUUGAUUCUCUGGAAUUGUCGAUGAGAAAGCAGAGAGAAAUAGCUGAAAUGAGCGCAAGACAAACGAAGGAAUAUGAAGAAAUGGCCGAACGAGUUGAUAAAGAGAUAGCCAUUAGUCGCGAAAAGAUGACACAAGCGAAGAAGGACCUCACUGCUGCUCGUCUUGUUCGCAAAAAUAGGAAGGAGUAUGCCCUCCUCGUGGGAAUGAUAGAUGACUUACCGUCAAGAGCUGAAACAACAAGAAAACUGGAAGAUAUGCAAGAAGAGCUCGCUCAACAACAGGAACGUCAGCAACAGUUGGAAGCGAGAUUAUCGGAGCGCAGAAACCACCUCCACGCUUUGAACAUCAUUUUGGCCAACUUCCAGAAACUACUUGCAGAUGAGGAUAAUGAAUUGGCUAACGAUGCUGAGCCAGGUGAGAAGAAAGAAGAUGGCGAAGAGGAUGAGAGGUCUCAGAGAGAGAAAUCCGAAGAUACUCUCGAAACGCCUUCCUUUCUCUCACGUAGUGGUAGAUGUGCAGACUUCCAAGCUGUUAUUUAUAUAGUCCAUGUUCUGCAUAGCCGUCUGGUUAACUUGAAUCAGACAUCAGUUCGGCUAAAGAGGAUUCGAAACCAGAUGAUUACGUAG